AUGGAAUCAAAGAAGAUCACUAUCCAUACUCUUACUGGGAAGCGGUUUACUUUGGAGGCUACAAGCACUCACCUCAUCUACGAUGUGAAGUUGACGAUUUGUGUUAAGGAGGGGAUUCCGCUGAAUCAACAGAGGCUAAUCUAUAACGGUGAACAGCUAGAUAGCUGGCGAACCUUGGAUUACUAUGAAAUCGGCGAGGAUCCUAUUCAUCUAGUUUUACGCAUGCGAGGAGGAGGGACUAAUGCAGAGGACAUUAGCUUGGAAGGGGUCGAGUCUGCAAUUCGUAACCUACAACAAAUCGAGGCAUUUGUAUUUUUAAUUCCCCUAUUACAAUUGUUACUUUUUGUGCUUGGAUCAUUGAGGCGUAGUCGUCACAACGCUAUGUUCCAACUCUUCAUACGGAUAGUCCAUGUUCUCUCUGCCUUUUUUAUAUCGAAAGCCAUAAGCAAGAUGCUAUCUGCUUCUUUCAUUAAUGGAUUGUUUCCUAUUUGGGCAGUUUUCUUGGUCAGAUUUUAUGGAGGUACUGAUUCCAUCUCUGUCUACAGUAUUGAAGAUAACAGAUCCGUGAAGACCUUUAAUUGGAUUAUUCUAGGUCUGUCGUCUUCAGUGAUCCUUUUGUUUGUCAAGUACCAAACAUUUGGGCUGCCUCUAUUUGUCUUUUUGGUUCUCACUGGUUUUAAGACUUGGGAGAGAGCUGCAGUCCAAAAUUCUGCAAGCAAUGGUUUGGCAAAAGACACAAAAGUAAUUGCGGAUUUCGUGAACUAUGAGGAUCAAUUAUAUAUUGAAGAUUUUGUUACCGAUGAGCACGACUUUGGGAUAGAUGAUCCAACGGACAUGGGAAUGUACAAUUAUCUAGUGCAAUUUGAGGAGACAAAUGUUGAAGCUCAUCCAACACUCUACCAGAAGCGUUUCAAGAAUAAAGAAGAAGUUGUUACAAUUGGCAAGAUCUGGCAUUGCAAAGGUGAGCUUUUAAGCGCUACAGGAGACCCAGAUGAAAGACUCAAGGACAUUUGUCUUUCUUUUGCAUGGUUUAACUUGCUCCGCUGUAGAUUUGCACAGUACUCCUUGUCAGAUCAGACCAAGAGGAAGUUGAGCACACAUGUUCAUAAGGUACUCGGCUCAGGUAAUAAUUAUCACAGAAUAUUCAGAGUGAUUGAACUAGAACUCGCAUUUCUCUAUGAUUCUUUCUACACAACGUACCCCACUAUCUUUAGAUUCCCAAUAUAUAAAUUUGUUGAUCUACUUGUUUCCAUAGCCGGUUGCUGCAUUGCAGCAUUCUCUCUAAGAAACUAUGAACCAGCCAAUCAAUACUUGAGUGGUGUCACAGUUUUUGGCUACAAUGUUGGUAGAGUUGUUACAGGUUCAGCGAUAGGUAUUUUCGCUGUUAUUGAAAUUGGCGAGUUUCUCCGCAUUUUAUAUUCAGAUUGGGCAAAGGUGAUGUUAAUUUGCUGCUAUGUCCAACGUUCCAAAUGGCAGAGGUCUAAUUUUAUUGAAAAAGUGUUGAGAUUUAUAUGCAACAGGCGACUGUUAAAGCCAUGGGAAGAAGUGCUCGGUCAAUACUCUCUUCUAGAGUCCUUUGAUCAUAAUCCUAAUGCCUUGCUAUACAAUUCCUUCACUAGCGCUUUUAUUGAUAUUCCUCGAAAUGGCCAGAAAGAAAGUGCCCGUAUCAAACUAUCUUUAGAAGUGAAGCAAGUAGUUUCACAUUUUGUGCAGCUAAGUUACAUCCGCCCAGUAACAAAUGGAUUAAGUUCAUUGCAGCAAAAUGAAAAUUACGGUGAUCUUAUUUCAGCGUGUAAACUUGAAUCACCUGUUCAUGUUAUCAUGGUCUGGCAUAUAGCCACCAGUGUUUGUGAAAUGGAGUCAUCACAAACCAACCAAGGAAUGGAAAGAGACGGGGAUUUCAUUAUGGCACCAGCCAUUCAACGGAUGGAAGCAAAAGGAGAUACAAAUUUUAUUGUGGCAACUUCCUUGUCAAAGUACUGCGCCUAUUUAGUGGCAUUUUGCCCAAGAUUGUUACCUUGUCAUGCUUAUUCUACGGAGUUCAUUUUCGACCGGGUAGUUUGUGAAGGAAGGGAAUAUCUAGAGGGAUGCCACUCCAAGCCCAGUAGGUACCAAAAGAUUAUGGCAUUAGGUCCUGGAGAAAAUAUUCUGAGAAGAGGUGCUGAACUUGCGAAGCACUUGCAAACGAUAGAAGAACCUACACGAUGGCAGAUUUUGGCCGAUUUCUGGGCAGAGAUGAUGUUGUUUGUAGCAAUCUCAGACGAUGAAACAGCUCACGCAGAGUACCUAGCAAAGGGGGGAGAGUUCGUGACUCACUUGUGGGCUUUGCUCUAUCAUGCCGGAGCCACAAAGCAAGACUGGACAGAGAUGGAUGUUUGA